UGAGGUUUGUAGAUUAGACUACGGCAAGAGUUAAAGAGUUGAGAGUUGAAAUACGCACUUCUCUCGCAUUAUUUUCCCAAGCUAAAAAAGGAGUUGACAACCGAUCAACUUGGCCUUUUUUAGGGAAAUCACCGAGGAAUUUUUUUGGCCCUUGAUAAGUGUCACACGUGUGGCACGAAUACAUGUCAACUCCGAACAUUUUUUAUUACAAGUUUAGUGACGCGAGGAUGGCAACUUUAAUUGUUAAGCAUGGCAAUUUUCAUUUCGGAUGACAAGUUUCAGUUUUUUGAGGGUUGGUUUUUUUUCUUUUCAGAUGGAAAAUUUAGUUGUAAAAAACGUCAAGGCCGGAAUCCUUUGCGCCACACGCGUGGCAUUUAUCAUUUGAGUUUUCUUUUUACCCCUAAAACAAUUGAGUUUGUUUUUUUUAGGCAAAUCAACGAGGAAACGAAAGUGAACACCUUUCGAUGGGCCCAGGAACCACCGUUAUCAGCCCAAAGCCCAAACAAAGCAAAGAAGAGAAAGAGACAGAGUCGUCGGCUUGUUCCCGGAGAGGAAAACCUCGCCGCCGGCAUCGACCGGCCGCCCCCGCCGUGACAGGUGAGAAUCGCGGCGCGUUUCUCGCUGCUUGCUUCGCCCGCCCGUUGUUCCCCUGGUCCUAAUCGGAAGCUGCCGCGCUGCGCAGUAGACGCGCGCAUAGCUGCUGCGGAGGCCAUCGAUCGAUUCCUCAAUCCCCAGCACUUGUUACCGAAUCGCCCGACCCAACUUGAAAUUCCUAGGUUUCCAUCUCCCCCCGAGAGCUCCGGACCACCGCGCGAGCAGGAACCAGAAGGGUAAUGGACAGAGGAGGCGACGGCUCUGAUCUGGAGCUGCAGAAGCAACAAUGGGCGAGGACGCAGGAUGCGCUCAAGGGCAGGCUCGUUCUCGAGGAUGAUUUCGAGUGGUCUUUACCUUCGGUGAGCUCGAACUCGGACCAGAGUGAUGCCAGGGGCAAGCUGAAGUAUAUAGGUGGGUUUGACAUUAGCUUCCUCAAAGAAGACCCUUCCACGGCGUGUGCCGCGGUGGUGGUUCUGGAUGCCGAUACCUUGGAAAUCGUCCAUGAGGAGUUCGAUGUUGUCCGGAUGCAAGUGCCGUACAUUCCUGGUUUUCUUGCUUUCAGAGAGGCUCCCAUUCUUCUUGGACUCCUGGAGAAGUUGAAGAUCAAUGCUCAACAUUUCUACCCUCAGUUACUCAUGGUUGAUGGAAAUGGGUUACUCCAUCCACGAGGUUUUGGUUUAGCAUGUCAUCUCGGUGUCCUUGCAGACCUGCCGACCAUCGGAGUUGGAAAAAAUUUGCACCAUGUGGAUGGUCUUGACCAAUCUGAAGUCAGAAAACAGCUUGAAGGAAAAGGAAACUGCAAUAAGGAAUGUAUUUCAUUGACUGGGCAGUCUGGGACGACAUGGGGAGCGGCAAUGUGUUCAUGCCCUGGUUCAUCGAGGCCAAUCUACAUCUCAGUUGGUCAUCGCAUUUCGCUUGACUCUGCCAUUGGGAUAGUGAAAUACUGCUGCAGAUAUCGUGUUCCAGAGCCUACACGCCAGGCUGAUAUACGAUCGAAGGUAUUCCUCCAAAAGCACCAAAGAUUACAGCAGUAACAAGAUUCGACAAUGGCAAACAGUACCCUUGGGUAGCCUUAUCAUCUUUCUAGCUGAUGUGAAAUUUGAGAAAGAAACUGGUGAGGCAUUGGAACCUCAAGCAACCUCUGUACAGCCUUCUCUAAUACUAGUAUGGAAUUGCAUUUUAUCCCAGAACAGUUUGGCUGUAAAAUAGAUUGUGAUGCCCUUUUUUUAUCAAUAUCUGAAUUUGUACAUCUUGCUGUGCACAUGCCUCGUCAAUUAUUCGCUGCUUUGUGCUGCGUCGGUAUAUCUUGGAGUACAAUUAUUCGCAAAGAAAAAAAAUCUUGCAGUACAAUAAAGCCACAAUGGGAAGACAUUGUACUGCUUUAAUAUCACUAGCAUAUCUUCUGCAUUUAAUCUGAUAUUUUUUCUUCUCAAAAGGAUUUUCCCAAUUAUCAACGUAUCUAUCUCUGAUUUACACUUCAGCAAAAGCACUGGUAUAUUACCUUCCAGUACAAUAAAGCCAUGAUCCGAAGGCAUUGUACUGCUGUAAAUCUCAAGCAUAUCUUGCAUUUAAUCUGAUAGAUUUUCUUCUCGAAGGGAUUUUACCAAGAUUAACAGCAUUUUUUUUAUUAACCGAA